AUGUCCCACCGGCGGGAGGCCCCCGCGACGACCCAGAACACGCUGGGGAGACUGUCUCUUGAUACUGGUACGACGUCCAGUUCAGCUUCUUCAUUGAGUCUUUCCGCCCCUCACUUUUACUGGACCUGUCCAGAAGGCGCAACCUUCAAACCAGUCUGUGCCGAGACCGGGGCCCCAUCGGGCUCCUCUGACAUCUUAAAACACGCCUGGCUUUUCACACCGCAUAGCGACCAACACUGCAUGCCGGUGGGCCCGCGUCACAUGACAUACGGUCAUUCGCACGGAAACCACAGCUUUCCCCCAGGGGUCAGAUUUGGAUAUUCGCACAACAACUUCUGGAUGGUUAUGCAGAACGUGACAAUUGCCGACCAGGGGCGAUACUGCUGUAUCGUCCGUGACUUCCACAAGGACCAUCAGCACACGAGCCUUGCACAAAGUUCCCACAGUCAUGUUAUACUCCACGUUACACCACGAAGGAACUGGUCUCAAGAAUGUUCAUUUACCGAGUCUUCGCUACCUGGAGGGGCUGUGCCAGUGGCUUUAGCCAUAGCAGCCUGCAUCCUGGCUCUACUUUCGCUGCCUGUUAUCUUGCUACUUGUCUACAGACAGAGGCAGAGCAGCCAUUCCAACAGACGUGCACAAGAGCUGGUGAGGAUGGACAGUGAAGCUCAGGGCCAUGAGAACCCAGUGUUUCAAAAGGAAUCACCACGAGUGAAGACCCGCACCGUUGCUCAGAUUAUGACAAGGCAGUCCUCGGGGACAGGCCAUCAUCUGUUAUCCGAGCCGGGAACCCCUAUGACUCCUUCGGCUCAAGGGGAUGUUUUCUUUCCGUUAGAAGAUACCAUCCCCGAGUCUCCAGACACCCUCCUGUUUUAA